UUCCCAGAUCUCAGUACGCACAACAACCACAUGGCCAAAGUGCUAACACCGGACAUGUACAAAAUGCUGAGAGAGAGGGCUACACCCAAUGGAUACACCAUAGACAACGUUAUCCAGACAGGAGUGGACAAUCCAGGUCAUCCUUUCAUCAUGACUGUGGGCUGCGUUGCUGGAGAUGAGGAGACAUACGAAGUCUUCAAAGAGCUGAUGGAUCCAGUGAUUGAGGACAGACAUGGAGGAUAUAAGCCAACGGACAAACACAAGACUGACCUCAACCCAGAUAAUCUGGUAGGUGGUGAUGAUCUUGACCCUAACUAUGUCCUGAGCUCACGUGUCCGAACAGGACGCAGCAUCCGUGGCUUCUGCCUGCCGCCACACUGCAGCCGGGGUGAGAGGCGUGCUGUGGAGAAACUCUCUAUGCAAGCUCUGGACUCCCUGAGUGGAGAUCUGAAGGGGAAAUACUUCGCCCUGAAGAACAUGACAGAUUUUGAACAGCAGCAGCUCAUUGAUGACCACUUCCUGUUUGACAAACCCGUGUCUCCCCUGCUGCUGUCUGCAGGAAUGGCCCGUGAUUGGCCUGAUGGCAGAGGCAUCUGGCACAAUGACAACAAGACGUUCCUGGUGUGGGUGAAUGAAGAAGACCACCUGCGUGUCAUUUCAAUGCAGAAAGGAGGCAAAAUGAAGGAAGUGUUCGAACGCUUCUGCACUGGACUCACCAACAUCGAGAAUCUGUUCAAGGAAAAAGGUAAUUCGUUCAUGUGGAAUGAGCAUCUGGGCUACGUUCUGACCUGUCCAUCCAAUCUGGGAACAGGUCUGCGAGCAGGUGUGCAUGUGAAGCUGCCCAAC